GCAGGGAUGCUUGGGAGUCGCGUCAUUGCUGCUACGUGGAGAGUUGCGAGCGACACUGAAGAGAUAAUCGGAGUUUCGCCUUUCACAGCCCAAGUCAGUGUCGGGGCGGCAGUGUCACCUUGACAGGGUGCAGGGUCGGCCGUGGCGGUGAGAGGGAUAUAGGCCGUCAGCUGUAGAACGACGAUUGACCCUGGUCCUGGCCGGCUUUCCGCUGCGGAGGGCCUGGGCCUGGGCCUGGGCGCCGUGGGGCGGUCCACACUAUGAGUUGGUUCAACGCCUCGCAUCUGUCGAGUUUCGCCAAACAGGCGCUGUCCCAGGCUCAGAAGUCCAUCGAUAGGGUCUUGGACAUCCAGGAGGACGAGGGGGGCCCGUGGACUGGUAUCUCGGCGGAGUAUGAGGAAGUAAUAUUGCCAGGCAAAACCUCUUCAAUCAAUGAAGGAUGGGUUUCCACACAAUGGGGAUCAUCAGAUGACAACCCCAAACCUCACCCUGUGGCUUCACCGAAAGCUAUUACCAAACCCGUUACACGAACUGUGGUGGAUGAAUCGGAGACAUUCUUCAAUGCCUUUCUGAAUUCAACAGAUACUGCAAUUAUAGAGCAAACUUCAGUUGUGUCCAAGCCCCCAAGCAAAUCCCAACUGCCCAAAGAAGUAGAGGCAACGUUGACUAUUCAUCUCACGGAAUCUGUUGAGUUAAAUGUGCCAGAAAAGGCAAAUUCCACUGAGGACUCAACAGCUGUACCUCAGGAAGUACACAAUGAUUCAGAGGUCACGGGUCAGUUGAGUGAUCACCAGCUGCUUAGCAGAAAGGCUAAAAGUCCCAAGUCUCUCGAAAGUGCGGAGCCACAGAAUAAAGAUGAGGUAAAGUCUAUUGUGGCAAGAGAUGAGCAUGCGCCUGUAACUUCUGAAGUAAUCAAGCCAAAUGCAUUGGUUGCCUCUCGGGUCGAAAAGGGGCAGAAAAAUGCAGAAAAAUCUGCAAGCCCGCCUGACAGUCCAUCAAAAUCCCGCACUGCUUCUGCGAAGGAUUCACUUCUGGAAGCAAAAGAGCAAAAAUCUGAGGACCGGCAAAGUAACACGCCCUCUCCCCCCAUUAGUACAUUUUCAUCAGGGACAUCGACUACCAGUGACAUUGAGGUAUUGGACCAUGAGAGUGUGAUUAGUGAGAGUUCAGCAAGUUCUAGACAGGAAGCUGUAGAUUCAAAGGCUAAUCUGCAUUUGAUGCAGACAUCCUUUCAGUUGCUGUCAACGUCAGCCUGUCCUGAGUAUCAUAAUCUGGAUGAAUAUCAGAAACUUACUGAGAGCUGCAGUUCCUCAGAUGCUUUUGAGAGAAUAGAUGCUUUUAGUGUGCAGUCGUUAGACAGCCGGAGUGUGAGUGAGAUCAAUUCCGAUGAUGAAACUUCAGGUCGAGGAUGUAAUGUGGCCUCAGGAUCGCUUACUCAGACCAUCUAUAAUGGUUCGUCAGCUGGUGUGCCAGUGAAGAAUGUUGAAGAGACCAGAAGCGAUGCUCAGAAAGAGAGCUUACUGGAUGAAAGUGAGAUGGAAGAGAGCACGAGGGAUGCUCAGAAAGAGAGCGUACUGGAUGAAAGUGAGAUGGAAGAGAGUGGCCGAAGUGCCACACCAGUGAACAGUGAUCAGCCGGAGGUCCUGCCUGUACUUAGUCUGACGGAAAUUGAGAAUCAAAAUGUAGAAUGUACAGUACUUAACCGGCCAAUGAAAGGAACUGCUGAAGAUGAAUGCCAACCCAGUAGUAAAUCUGAAAAAUUUCAUUUACAGCAGAUUAUUGAUGACUUGACAGACAAGUUGGAAAAGAGAGAAUCGCAAUUGUUGUCUGUUAGCAAAGAUAAAGCUGCAUUGGAGGAGGCAAUUGAUAACCUGAAAGAUGAAAUGAUCAGACUAAAGGAAGAAAGCACCAGUAUCUCAUCUCUAAAGGACGAGUUCACUCAGCGCAUUGCAGAAUCUGAGAAGAAAACCCAACUUGCUUGUAAAGAAAGGGAUGAUAUUAAAAAAGAAUUAAAAGUACUGAAGGCGGAGCUGGCUACACGAUUUACUUCAAAUGAAACAGCAGAUCUGGUACGAGAGAAGGAUGAACAGAUCAGAGGACUAUUGGAGGAGGGAGAGAAGCUCUCGAAGCAACACUUGCACAAUUCAAACAUAAUAAAGAAACUAAGGAUGAAAGAAAAAGAACAUGAGACACUGAUUUCAAAACAGAGCAAGAAGACAAAAGAACAAGAGGAGGAAAUUAAGCAUCUACAGCAGGUACUUGAUGGUAAAGAAGAAGUGGAAAAACAGCAUCGAGAGAAUAUCAAGAAGUUGCAUGAUGUGGUAGAGAGACAAGAAAAAGAGAUUAGCAAAUUUCAAAUGAACUUGGAUGAGCUUCAAGAAAAUAAUCGGAGCCUUCAGUCUGCACUUGACAACUCAUACAAGGAGCUUGCUGAACUACAUAGGGUAAACGCAGCUAAAGAUAGUGAAGCCCAGGAAGCAGCUCUGAGUCAUGAGAUUAAAACCAAGGAGGCACUGUCAGUGGCUCUGGAGCGAGCCCAGGAAGAGGCGAGGCAGCAACAGGAGGCGCUAGCGGUUCAAGUGGCAGAUCUUAGGCUGGGUCUCCAACGGGCUGAACAACAGCAAGCCAGGAAGGAGGACUACUUGCGUCAAGAAAUUAGUGAACUUCAACAGAGACUUCAGGAAGCAGAUAAUCGAAACCAGGAGUUAAGCCAAAGUGUUACAUCUGCAAGCAGACCACUUCUGCGACAGAUUGAAAAUCUACAGGCCACGCUUGUGGCGCAGUCAGCAACUUGGGAAAAAUUGGAAAAAAACUUGUCUAAUCGACUAGCUGAUGGUCAAGCUCAGCUUGCAGCUGCUGUAGAAAAAGAGCGGACAGUCUCUGAAGAACUGCUUUCUCUUAGAAUGCAAAUCUCUUCACUGGAUUCACAAAGCAGCUUAUUGCGUCAAGAGAAAAGCAGGUUGCUAGCUCAGUUGGAGUCGGAAAGAGCCAGGCUUGAAAAGACUGAAGAUGAAAAUAGCAGGAAUCGGGUGGCUUUUGACAAUCUGAAGUCUGAAUACAUUAAGGCUCUUGAAGAAUCAAAAAAGGAAAAGAAUGCCCUGAGUAAACAGUUGGAAGUGGAAAAGUUGAAAGUUGAACAGGAAAGGAAAAAGGCAAUCCUUGCACAAGAUGCAUUAAAAGAGAAGGAGCGGAAACUACUUACUAAUCAGGGACCAGAGGCUUUGACCGUCACCCCAACUCUCUCUCGAUCCAGUUCUGUUAGUGGUGCUGAGAUGGCAAUCUUACAAACCUCCAGCCAUUCCCAGGAUGAUUUAUUUGAAAAUUCAUUUGCACCUCUAACUACAUCGGCCAGCAGUAACAGCUUGUAUGAUGUACUCAGAAUGGGAGCAGAAUCAAGCAUCUUCGAAAAUUUGCAGUCUCAACUAAAACAAAGAGAGGGAGAAAUUGCACAGCUGCAGCUUGAAAUUUCCAAUCUCGAAAGAAGUCGAGCUAUCAUGGCUGAGGAACUUGUCAAAUUAACUACACAGAAUGAUGAACUGCAAGAGAAAGUGAAUGAAAUUCCCAAGUUGCGUCUACAACUUAAGGAUAUUGAUCAACGAUACAACACCAUAUUACAGAUGUAUGGUGAAAAAGCUGAGGAAGCUGAGGAACUGCGGCUGGACUUGGAAGAUGUGAAAAACAUGUAUAAGACCCAAAUUGAUGAAUUAUUAAAGCAGAGGCUGACUUGACUUCCUUUACUCGCCUCUUUCCAAGUUUCCGUUAAUGUGAAUUGCAAUACUGCUGACAGCUUUUUGGCAUAGAAUGUAAAUAUAUGGUUGUAAAUAUAAUAGUAUUAUCAGUGUAAUGUUAAUCAUCUGCUGUUGCAUUAGAGGAAAAUUAUGCAUUGAUGUUGGAAAAUUUACUGACGUAACUUGUACAUAAAGUGAAGUGCAGAUUCAAGUGCAAUAUUAUGAAGAAUUAUGAGCCGAUCCUUUAGGGUGAAGAUCUCAAAAAGGUACUUUUCUGUAUAGUUGUAUUUCCAAGUAAAAGAUGGACCAAUUUUAUCAAACUUAAUUGAUCAGCCUAAAGCAUUAUCUGUCAAAGAUGGUAAAUGUUUAAGUUAACCAGGCCCUUCAUGACACUAUUAAUAGUUUUACUCGAUGACUUGAGAAGAAAUUCAAUGUGUGUAUACUAUUCAAUGUUCUAAUUGUUAAUGAACUACACACAUUUCAAAAUUACUAUUGAAAUAUAAACAAAGUCACCAGUACAAGAUGAUGUCUUGCGAUUGGUAAUUGGCCUACUUUUGCUAAUAGUUGCACUAAUUUAAUACCUGAAUUAAAAAAAAACUAUUAGUAGUAGAAUCUUCUGUAUAGCUUAUGCACUUAGUAACAUUAAUACAUUUUCUUUGCUCUAUUCUGUGCAUUAAAAUAAAUUAAAAUGAUUUAUUUAAACUAAUUUUCUAAAUUUGGAAUUCAUAAUCUAUGCUAUUGUAUCUUCCAAAUGUAAAUUUAAACUGUAAAUAAUUUACUUUGUGUAACAGUGGGACUUGGAUAAUAAAGUCUCUUGUCUGAUCUGCUGGUGUUUACUAUGGUAGAGAUGAACUUCAGAUUUUACAUUAGAUGUAAUAACUGAUAAAUGACUUCAACUACAUUUCUUCCUUGGGCUGGACCCUAAAGGGGAUAAUUUUGUUCUUUUAAAUAUAGUUUUAAAUCUGGAAGCUAAUUAUUUUUAAUAUGUUCACUAAGCAUAUUUCUUGACCAAUGGGCAGGCAUUUAAUUCCUGGUUUUCAUAAAAUACUGGUAGUAAUUAUGUUGCUUUGAGGAAAAAAGGUUUAAGAAUUAUGAUUUAUUCCUUUUGUUUACCUCCUUGUAAAAUAUCUAUCUUGAAGUUAAUAUCUAUUAAAAUACCAAAAUUGGGAACAAAGAAAGAAAUAUAUGCAAAGCUAUUCAGUAUCUAUGCAGAGCAAAAGUUGUUGCUUAUCAAAGUUGUUGCCUUUAAAGAACAUUAAUUUUAGAGGUUACCAAAUUUAGUGGAGUAUCACUAUUCUAAUCUGGUGAUAUUUAUAAUAGUGUAUUUUUGAACGAAUAUAUUGAACCUGCAAAAUUUGGACAAAUUUGUUUGUAUUGAAGAAGCUGAAUGUAUAUGAAUUGUGAAACAAGAAUCAUCAGUAUGUUCAUACCUUGAUAUAAUUUCUAAUUUGUGUUGCAUUCACAUCUUUAAUUUUCUAAAAAUGUUUUUGCAUUGCUCAGUUAUGAAUGGCAAUGUUUGGUGAUAGGUAUUUGUGAGUGAAAGAAACCAAUGUUGACAAAUUUUUAAAAUUCUCAAGAACAUGGCAACAACUUUUAGAGUAUGUUAAUAUUUGUUUUUGAUUUAUUCAUUAGAUAUUAACAUUUGAUUAUUUCCUCUUGUGACUUAAAAUAUUCGUAUUAAGUAGUAUAUUUUAGAAACUACAGCAUGUUUAUCUUAAGAGUCAUUUUGGUACCUAACGCAUUAAAAGACGUUUCCUCUUAGAAGGUAUUUUAUCUGCUGAACUACAAAUUUGAUGAUUUUUGGGCUUGAAUGUGUACAAUUUAUUUAUUACUUGGUGUUAGUAGAAUAGAAUGCUUUUCUCUAAGCAUAUCAUUCUGCUGUGUCAUCUAACUUUGAUGUAUGGCUUCAUCAUUGAAGGGAUUGAAUAAAUAAUUUUUAUUUAUAAUAGC